GUGUGUUGAUAGAGGAUGUUGGUCUAACAUGGAGAAUCAGCUAGCCAACUAGCUAGCAGACUAGUAGCUUAGGAUCUGCGACUGUCAGUUCCAUUGUGAAGUAACGUUAGACGAUGUUUAUAACACAGUUGUCGUCGAUGGAAAAAUAGGCAUCCUUUAGUUUUAUUUCUGUUCUACGGACUGCCAUAUCGUUGUUUAAUAGACUCAAUAACGUGAUUCUUCUCGUUAGGUAUCGGGUCGUUCUUUUUGGGACUAAACGUAUUUAGGUAACAUUAGAUAGAUAAAUAGCCAGGUUCACGUUAGAUUUCCGUAGUUACGUGGACAUCAACAACAAGCAUCAAGCAUCUGAGAGACAGUUUUAACUUCACAAGUUUGGAAGGAUGGUAUCAUGGAUAAUAUCGCGAGCGGUUGUGCUUGGGUUUGGAACCCUCUAUCCCGCGUAUUACUCCUACAAAGCUGUCCGGACCAAGAAUGUCAAAGAAUAUGUACGCUGGAUGAUGUACUGGAUCGUCUAUGCUCUCUACACUGUCGUUGAAACCAUCACAGACACCUCCUUAUCAUGGUUUCCUCUGUAUUACGAGCUGAAGGUGGCCUUCGUGAUCUGGCUGUUGUCUCCAUACACCAGAGGGGCCAGCCUCAUUUACAGGAAGUUCCUGCAUCCUCUUCUGGCUUCCAAGGAAAGAGAGAUUGAUGAUUACAUCGUUCAGGCCAAAGAGCGCAGCUACGAGACCAUGGUGAGCUUUGGCAGGCAAGGCCUUAGCAUCGCUGCCACCGCUGCUGUCUCCGCAGCUGUCAAGGGACAGGGUGCCAUCAGCGAGCGCCUGAGGAGCUUCAGCAUGCAUGACCUAUCGCAGAUCCCUGCUGACGACACGUCCAGUCAGUACCCUUCAAUAAGUAACCCCGCCCGUCGAGCCAUUCAUGGGUCCGGCCAAGGCGCGGACAGCACCGACUACUACCCCUACAGGCCAGAGGAGGGCCAGGGGGACGAUGGAGAUGGAGUCUUCUCCGAGGAUGAGGCGUCUGUACAACGUGGCCUCAGAAGAUCCCAGAGCGUCAAGAUGACUCGCGCCAAAGCUGCACGCAAAGAGCCACGCUACGGCUCUCUAAAAAUCAAGACCAGGAGGAGGGCGGCGAUCAACGCGGGCACCUAUGAGAUGCCUUGACCUCUGACCCCGCUGGCUCCACCUCCAGGCCUGUAAACUAGCUCCAAAAGCGCUUCUGGACCAAGACAUCGGUGUGUGUGUGUGGGGGUGACCCCUUCAGCAAUGCACAGCACAGCACAGCACAGCAUAGCACAGCACAGCCACACUGCACAUGCGUGAGGCUGCACCCUGCCUGUGCCUGCACCACUCAUUCCAAAGGACUCUGACCAUGGGGGUCUCGCAAGACACUCAGACUAAACUUAAAGUGGGGAACACACAACUCACUGUUGUAGUUAGUGCAAGGGUUCCACUGCAGCAACUGACUUAACUUUAACACCUCUCUAAAAAGGGGACUUAAGUGUUAUGUGUGUCUCUGUGUGUGUGCGCGCAUGCACGCAAUUUCCUUCUGCUCACUAUGUUUACAGUAUAUUGUAAUUGUUUUUAAUGCUACAAUGGCCGGUUUCAUAUGUAAACAAUGCUGCCUUACUUUCUUAUAACUCACAUGUUAAACACUACAUUUUUUAUAAGUUGCAUUUCACUGCGAUGAUAUAUUGUUUCCUCAUAUUAAGCCUGCUAAAGAAUGUUUGUUUUUGAAUGUCAGUUAGCCUUAACCUUUGACAGUUGACCUCCUUGACAAAAACACUAAGAACUGAGCAGUCCAACCAAAAGUGUCCCUUUACUUUCACAGUGCAUAGAAGACAGUAAGCUAAGCGACGAGUGUUGUGCGGAAGCACAUUACUUUUACUGUAUUUGCUCUAGGCCAUAGGUUGACUGUUAAGAAGAAUGUCUUGUGAUGUUGUUUUGCACAUACUGUACGUUAAGAACACAGACCCGAUGCCUACUGUAGAUCUAUGCAAUAGAGUCUUGGUUGCAUUUUUCACUACGCCACAUACGGUGCAGGUUGAUAUAUGAAUGUUUGACCACAUUUGCGGUCAGAUGCUGUACAGCACUGCAUCAUGUGUCCGAAAAUGCUCUCUUACACUGCAGGUCUGUGUUCAACGUCCCCUGUUGUUGUGGUUGUUGUUGUGUGUCCUGUAUGUGUUGUUUCCGAGAAAGGACAGAAGGAAUGUCAAGCAGUCACGAUCCUCAUAGACGUGUUUUCUACAGUGGGGGCCAAGUUGAACCAACGGAGACUCAGUAACUAGUUCUCCUUGGCUCCUGUUUACUAUGGGCCUCCUAUUUAGUGUCACGGUGGUGUGACCGCUAUUUCUCUUUUAUCAUGAAUAUUACCUAAUAUUAUUAGUAAUCUUAAACCAAACUGGAAAAAAAAAUGAAAAAAGAAAUCUCCAUUCAUCGGUUAUUUUGUUUUAAAAGAAAAAACUUCCUUUUUUAAAACAGGUAAUGUUUGAUAUAUAUAUUGAAGAUAUACAUUUUUUGGUCCUGUCUUAAUGUCUUUUAAAAUGUAGUCCAUUCUGUCUGGAGGAGAACUUUGUUAUACUGAGACCAAAGCUGUAUUAAAGUGUGUAAGACUGAAGUGUGUAAGAGGGGAAAAAGAUGAGGACCAAGAGGCUCUGAGUUUGAAGGAGAGAAGUUGGACUGAGUGUUGCUUUUUGUAGUGCUGAUAAUAAACGUUGAAUGCUUUAACAUC